UUUCCACUCUGAAAGGCCCAGGCUCAGUCCCCGGCGGGAUCUCCAGGUGUGGAUGGGAGAGAGCUCCACUUGAAACCCUGAAGAGCUGCUGCCAGUCAGUGUGGGCAAUACCAAGCUAAACGGACCUGAGAUCUGGACUCAGUAUAAGGCAGCUUCCUAUGUUCUUAAGCUUUAUUCAUUAGCAUCCACUUGGGCCCUCCAGAAGCCUCCAGGCAUACCCCCUUCACCACGACGACGACGACGCCACCCACUUUCAACACCACGCUCCGGUGCCUCCUUCCCCCCCCCCCGAAGGCGAGUCCUGCCGAGCCCAGGCUGUAUAUAAUAUCUCUCCCACCCCAAUAUGGUCCCGCCGCUGAAGCACGAAAACUACAGUUCCCGGCAGUCACUGCGAAGGAAGGGCCAGAAAGAGCAGGCCCACGGGACAGCGCAGGUGGUUCGCCCCUCUUGUAUCAUCACAACAAUCCUGCAAGGAAGGCUAGGCCUUUGACUGAUAAUGACUGACCCAAAUGUAUGGGGAAAUGAACCUGAUCCUGGAUGCUGUUAACACACCACAGAUGGAUGGACUGCCUUCAAGUCGAUCCUGACUUAUGGCUACCCUAUGAAUAGGGUUUUCAUGGCCAAGAGAGAGGGUGGCUGCUGCGGGGAGCGCUGCCACGACGUCCGUAGGCCUCCAUUACCACCCAGCGCUUGAGCAAGGAGGUCUAGUGGGAAAAUGGGGGAGCAGGAAGCAGGCCCAGCCAGCCCCAAACCAAGCAAGGACUCCAACAGGAGAGCUGGGAAAGCUCUUCAGGUCAGGACGGCAACGGAGCUUCUGCAAUGGGCCGUCCCGCAGCAAGUGAAGCAGGAGCCAAGUGAGGGGACCCCUCAGGGCUGGGACGGCCCCUGGCAGGAGUUCCUGAAGGCAGUCCAGUCCCCGCACCCAGGAUGGGGCAAUCCACAGCUGUUGGCGUCCCCACCAUGGGAGGAGAACAGCAAGAUCUGUGGGGGUCCUUUUGAGGGAGCUGCCGAUGCCUGGAUGUGGCCCCGAGGGGAAUGGGCAGCCCCGCCCUUCUCAGGAGAGGCCCAGCUGGGGUCCCACCCCAACCUGGAUGCCAGAGAGAGUGGCAACGGCUGCAGUGGGAAGUUAAAAGCAGAGAUCCUGAGGCUGGACCCAGUUAGCACAGAGUCUCAGCGCCGGCGCUUCAGGCAGUUCUGCUACCGGGAGGCAGAGGGCCCCCGGGAUGUCUGCUUCCGGCUCCGGGAGCUCUGCCGUCAGUGGCUGGAGCCGGAGAGACACUCCAAGGAGCAGAUUCUGGAGUUGCUGAUCCUGGAGCAGUUCCUGACCAUCCUGCCGCCGGAGAUCCAGAGCUGGGUGAGGGAAGGUGGGCCGGAGACCUGCGCCCAGGCGGUGGCCCUGGCCGAGGGUUUCCUGAGGAGGCCGCGAGAGCCCAAGAGGUGGGCACAGCAGGCUCCAAGGCCUUUCCAGGAAACACCAGGGAACGUCCGCAAGGCAGAGCAGCCUCCGUCGGACUCUGGGCAGUGGCAGCUCUACAGAGAAGCAAAGCAGGACAGCGAUGGCAGCUCAGCGGGUGAUGGGUGGAUGAGCGAGAAUGACGAGGAGAAACAUCAGCUGAAAUGUUCAGAGAAAACAGAACCGUCCGAGGUGCACGGAGAGGCUGCUUUCCUCUGCCCUGACCAGCUAGAAGCCUUUGAAAAUCAACACAAAUCGGAGAAUCUGCAUGAUGGCCACUUGGGGGACGGAGAGUGCAAACCGGUUCCCUGUCAAGAAAUCAUCCAGAAUCUUGGCGACUCCACAGCCCAAGAGAGAAUACACAAGGACCGGAGGAGAAAAGUGUGUACGGAGUGCGGGAAGGCUUUUGGCCGGAGCUCUGACCUGCUUAAACAUCGGAGAACCCAUACAGGGGAGAAGCCCUUCGAGUGCCUCCACUGCGGGAGAAGCUUCAGUGACCGCUCCAACCUCAUCGCACACAGAAGAAUCCAUGCGGACAAGAAACCAUAUCAGUGCUUGGACUGUGGGAAAAGCUUUUGCCAGAACUCCUACCUGGUCCGCCACCGGAGGACCCACACAGGCGAGAAGCCGUACAAGUGCUCAUACUGCGGCAAAGGCUUCAGCGACAGUUCAAACCUAGUAGUGCACAAGAGGACCCACACAGCGAGCGACAAGCCCUACAGGUGCUUGGAUUGCGGGAGAAAGUUCAGCGAGCCCUCUCUCCUCGUUAGGCAUCAGUGGAUGCAUGCCAAAGAGAGGCCGUACAAUUGCUCUGACUGCGGGAAGACAUUCCGCCACCGCUCAGAUCUCGUCCGCCACCAAAGGACCCACACGGGGGAGAAGCCGUUCAAAUGCCUGGACUGCGGCAAAGGCUUCAGCCAGAGGUCCCACUGCAGCACUCAUGAGAGAAGGCACACGAGACAGCAGCUGUACCCACAGCAUCUGGACAAUGGGAAAAGCUUUGAUACCGCCGAGAUUGGACUUCCGGCGAAGGAGGAAGUUGCUGAAAUGGCUCAGAGAAUUGUUGCCCAGAAGGAUGUGAGGAUGGGACACAUGUGCGUCCUUCUCCACACUGAGUGGGGUUACUUAUAGCAGUGGUGCGGCUAGAUAAUUUGACAUAGCAGACUUGAUGGUCUUACUGGGGUGGGGUGGGGGCUCUUUCGAUGGCAACAUGUAUUAGUUCACUUGCUCCAAGAUGCGGCAAGCCAGCCCUGGUGGGUGUGUUUGAGGCUUCUUCUGCUCAUUCUGUUGUGUGGGGAGUCCUGCCCUGACAGCACCACUGGCUGACGGUCAGUCUUGUUUGUAAACCCUGGUCACUUGGAGGCCAUUCUUAUCUCGCCCUAGGUGAAUAGCACCGAAGCUUUACAGAAAUGGGGAUUUCUCUUGCUCUUUUUCUCCCUUGCCCCUUUGCUCCACAAAUAAUUAACUUAGCCUGCCUCAAAGUAUACCUGCUCAUUUGUGUGUAUGUGCAUGUGGACUAGUCACGUUUGUCCAAUGUAUGUGCCAAAAUUGAGAUCUGAUGACGAA